AAGGAAAGGUUGGAACAAAAGUAAAAAGUAGGAAAGGGUAAGAUACAGACAGCACUUUCAAGGUUGCCCUAGGUUGUUAACCUUUUCCCUCCGAGGUCAUGACUUAUUUUCCGUCUCUGCUAUUCAUUUCUAGUCGCACUGUACUUCGAUCACCAUGUCUGUCCCUGACGCUAUUUCGUUAAAUCUUUCUUCAACUGUUUCGCCUACUGUUUCGUCAACUGUUUGCAUCAACAGUCUGGUAUUCUUUGAUCUAGAAACCACGGGUCUUCCUGCUGACCAUCCUGCAAGAAUCACAGAAUUGAAUUUUUGCGGAGUUGAUCGAUUGCAAUUUAUGGAGUGCAAAUCCAAAAAGAUGCCUCGUGUCACUAACCGGCUGAAUCUAUGCAUCGAUCCUUCUAGGCCCAUAGAUCCAGUGGCUACUAAUUUGUCAAAACUAGAUAAUCUCAAUUUGGGUAAGCAGAGCAAGUUUGACGAAGAUGUCUUCAACGUUAUUGUCAGCUUCUUAAAUAGACUUCAAAAACCCAUCUGUUUGAUAGCUCACAAUGGUAUGAAUUUCGAUUUCCCCAUCUUCAAGGCAGAGAUAGCCAAGUUCGGAGAGAAGUUUCCUCAAGACCUAUAUUGCGCUGAUUCUCUUAAAAUCUUUGGUUUACUGCAAGGUAUCUCUACCGAUCUCCCCAAACCUAAGAAGAUGCGUAAAACGAAGUCGAAUUCGCUUCGUUUGAAUGAAAUUUACCAGAGAAUAUACAAGAAGAAACCAGAAACGUUGCAUGAGGCAGAGGCUGAUGUACGAAUGUUGUUUUUGUCCGCCAUCGCGGACCCUGAAGAAUUUUUGAAGGCUAUCGAGAGCAACGCAGUGCUGCUGACCAGCAUACCAAAGUGCUGGUAGAUCUGAUUAAUUCUGCCUGGUUAACUCAAGAGAAUGUAGGUAAUUUUGUUCUCUGAUUCGUACGAAUUGUAAAAAUACCAUAUCAUGUUUGAUUGAUUAUCUAAAUUGCACGCAGAAGCAAAGAACUUUUUCAUUUUUGUGGACGUUUUGGUGGUAUAUUGAAUUUGAAAAAAAAAUUAAUAAAAUUCUAAUGUUCCAGCAAA